UUCAUCUCACCUCCUCCCCGCAUGAUGACACCCCCAACAAUCCCCACAAAUUAGAAUGCGAAGGAGGAUCGCAGCUUCGAAGGAGCUGGAAGUAUCUGGAAACAUCAAGAAUCGUCGAGAUGCUUCGACUAGUCCUGUCAAUCGAGGCGCGUCCACAUAUCGUGGACUGGUCCAUCUCGGCGGAUUGGCGUGCGCAUGGCUGAAGGGAGGUGGUCUUUGUAGCUUAAAUAUGCCUGGUUUCGCCGCCCAUCAACUUCUCAACUCCUCAAUCAGACACCUUCCAUUGCCCCAAACUUCUCGAGUCUUCUAGAACUCCCUUCUCCGGCCUCGCAGCUUGAUCCAUCACCCAACCAACCACUCCCGCCAUCAUGACCUCCCAAUUCGACUUCGUCAUUGUAGGCGGCGGCACUGCCGGCCUGGUGUUGGCUGCCCGCCUGUCAGAAGACGCCAAUACGCAGGUUCUCGUCCUCGAGGCGGGCGAGGAUCUCUCCGCCGACCCCCGAGUCAAUGUCCCUGGUAUGUGGCCGCGGCUCCAGGGCACCGAGUCCGACUGGCAGCUUAAGAGUGUCCCACAGGACGCUUUGGGCGGCCGGGAGAUUCCCAUCCCGCAGGGUCGCCUCCUUGGGGGAUCCAGUGCCCUCAACGCCAUGAACUUCGUUGUCGGUGCCAAGGAGGACCUCGACGCCUGGGCGAAGCUCGGCAACCCAGGCUGGGAUUGGGACAGUUUCUCGAAGCAUCUCAAGAAGACGUACACCGUGACAGACGGGUCUAAGACCGACAACGACGGCGCCAUCAAGACUAACAUCCCUGAGGAGGAGACCAAGUGGCCCAAGAUCUGGCGUGACACCUUGGCCGGGCUCGGAUAUCCCGCCUACAAUAACCCCGUUUCGGGCGACAUCCACGGUGCAGUCCUGUACCCCGACGCCGUCCACCCCGAAACCAAGACCAGGAGCUACGCCAGCAAUGCGUACCUCGCUCCGGUCCAAGACCGCCCCAACCUAACCGUCUGGACCGGCGUUGCAGUUGACAAGAUCCUCUUUGACAAGGUUGGCGACGAUGCGGUGGCGACCGGCGUGCAGUACACCAAGGACGGCAAGACCUCCACCGUCGCCGCCGGUAAGGAAGUCAUCCUCUCGGCCGGCGUCUUCCACUCGCCCAAGCUCCUAGAGUUGUCGGGGGUCGGCGACGCCAAGCUCCUCCAGUCCCUCGGCAUCGACGUGGUCGUCGACAACCCAUACGUGGGCGAGAACCUGCAACACCACCCGCUCAGCGUGCUGUCCUUCGAAGCCAUCGAUGACGCCGAACCGGGCUUCGACACCAUCGACGCACUGGCGCGGCAGGACCCAGGCGCCAUCGCCGCGGCCACCGCAGCCUACGCCGCCGGGCGCGGCCCCCUGUCCCGCACCAACUGCAACACCAUGGCGCACCUCCCCUUCCCGGGCCUGACCACCGCCGCCGGCAAGCGCGACGCCGACGCCCUCCUCGCCGCCCUCACCACCACCACCCCUUCCGAAGUCACCACCACCACCACCACCACCAAAACCACCCCAGCCUACACCGCCGCCGCCACCGCCCUCACCCGCGCCACCCUGACCUCCCCGACCUCCGCAUCAGGCUACUACGUCUUCGUGCCCUGCCGCGCACCCGAACCCAACCCCACCAAUCAGCAACACCACCAACAACCAAACACCCCCGCCGGCGCCACCUCACCCUACAUAACCAUCGCGGUCCUGCUCACCCGCCCCCUCUCGCGUGGCUCAGCCCACAUCACCAGCGCCUCCGCCGCCACCAAACCCGCCAUCGACCCGCGCUACCUCUCCCACCCGGUCGACCGCGCGACGCUGGCGCGGCACGUGCAGUUCGUGACGCAGACGCUUUCCCGGGCGGCGCCGCUGGCGGGGCGGUUGAGGACGGGGCCCGGGGCGGGGCGGGAGGGGGGGUUUUUGAGGGAGGCCGCGGGGGCGUCGACGCUGUAUGCCGGUACGUGCAGCAUGAUGCCGAGGGGGGUGGGGGGCGUGGUGGAUGAGGGGUUGAGGGUGUAUGGGACGCGGAAUGUGAGGGUGGUGGAUGCGAGCGUGAUGCCGUUUAUUACGAGGGGCGAUACGAUGGCGACGGUGUAUGGGAUUGCGGAGAAGGCGGCGGCGGAGAUUAGGGCGGGGUUGUGA